AUGGCACGUAAUUCAGAGAAGGCGCAGUCCAUGCUCUUCCGGUUCCGCGCCGCACAGGCUGCCGAAUCUGGUCUCCUCCCGUCUGCCAGCCUACGCCGACCAAAGGCACCUUCUACGGUUGAUACGGUGCCCUUGUGCGAAAAGUGGCGCGGCCAAAUCCUCAGGGAAAUUUCGCGCAAAGUAACAAAAAUACAAGACGAAUCUCUGUCCGACUUCCAGAUUAGGGAUUUAAAUGAUGAGAUCAACAAGUUGAUGAAAGAGAAGUGGGGUUGGGAACGGCGCAUACGGGAGCUUGGGGGACCAAAUUAUAUGCGAGGGGGAGGCACAGUCUUUGACGAUCAGGGGCGAGAGGUUUCCGGGGGAGGAAAAGGGUACAGAUACUUCGGAAGGGCGAGAGAGCUACCUGGUGUGAAGGAGAUGUUUGAGCGGGCGGCCAAGAGGAGAGCCCACGGCGACGAGGAAGAAGAAGCCGCCAAGAAACCCCAGCUGGACAUCAAUCGGAGGAACCUCGACGCCAGAUAUUUCGGGUUUGGGCCUGACGAGGAGAAUCCAACGCUUUUGAAAUAUGAGAGGAAGAAAGAAAAGGAGGCUGUUGAGAGGGUGGCGAAGUUGGCUGGCGCAGAAGACGAGGAUUCAGAUUGGGAGCCAUUACCUGGCGACGCCGGCGAUGGUGUGAGAUGGCGCCUGCCUACCCUUGAAGAAGUUCAAGAAGAAUUGGUGGAUCGACGACGCCGGCAAUUGCUUGACAGGCUUGGUUGA